AUUAUGCUUACUUAAAAUACAAUAAGUUUAAACUCAAACCUCUCUCUGUCUCUUUAAAACCCAUUGCCUUCACAACACUUUCCUCUCCCUCUCACUCUCACUCUCACUCCCAACUUGCAUACAGCCAAAGAAUAAGCUGUAACUCAAACAGACUACACAGUUUUUUCUGAUAGCUAAAAAAAAAGUCUAUAUAUAGUUGGUUUUAGAUGAAAAAAAGCUUUGAUCUUGGAAAUUUGUGGGUGGUGGUCUAAAAAAGGAUGCCAAACCAGCUAUGGUUUGCACUGCUAAUGAAUUAUCAGCAUGGACAGAUUUUCCAAAGGGCCUUAGAGUUCUUGUUCUUGAGGAAGAUGCCAUUUCUGGUGAAGAGAUAAAAUCAAAACUUGAAGCAAUGGAUUAUAUUGUUUCUUUAUUCUGCAACGAGAGUGAAGCUUUAUCAGCAGUUUCAGACAAAGCUGAAAGUUUCCAUGUUGCUAUUGUAGAGGUGAGUGUAAGCAAUAGCAAUGGGAGCUUCAGAUUCCUCGAAACUGCCAAGGACUUGCCUAUCAUCAUGACUUCAAACAUUCAUUGCCUGAGCACCAUGAUGAAGUGCAUAGCACUUGGUGCUGUUGAGUUCCUUCGGAAGCCUCUUUCGGAAGACAAACUGAGGAAUAUAUGGCAACAUGUGGUUCAUAAGGCAUUUAAUGCAGGAGGAAAUGCCUUCUCUGAAUCCCUGAAGCCUGUUAAAGAUUCUGUUGCUUCCAUGGUGAAGCUUAAAGUGGAAACUGAAAUACCUAAAAAUGAAAACUCAGAGAGAAUAUAUAAUGUAUCUCUGGCUGAUGAAAUUGAUUACGAGCAGUCACCACAUAGUGAUAAAUAUCCAGCUCCUCUAACCCCACAAUUAAAACAAGGAGCACGGUUACUUGAUGAUGGGGAUUGCCAAGAACAUACUAAUUUCUCAACAGAAAAGGAGAGCGGAGAGCAAGAAGGGGAAUGUAAAUCUGUCGAAACUACUAGUGCAACGACCGACGUAACAUUUCAGGUUGACCAUCCUCAGAGUUUAAGUGAGACUAUAAUCAAAGAAGAGGAUGACUCAGUCGACGGUGUUAAGAGUGUGGAUAACAUAUCGGAUCAUCCACAAAAUAAAGGAAGUUCCAUAAAACUUGAUGGCAAGGCCGAAAACGCAAAUAAAGCUUCUGGUCUUCAUAAUUCCUUUGGAACUAGAGGGAGCCGGAAGAAAAUCAAGGUAGACUGGACGCCUGAGCUGCACAAAAAAUUUGUGCAGGCAGUGGAGCAACUUGGAGUAGAUCAAGCCAUUCCAUCACGUAUACUCGAAGUGAUGAAAGUGGAUGGCUUGACUAGGCAUAAUGUAGCAAGUCAUCUCCAGAAAUAUCGUAUGCAUAAGAGGCAUAUUCUGCCCAAGGAAGAUGAUCGGAGGUGGCCCCAACAACGAGAUCAAAUACAAAGGAACUAUUAUCAACAUAAACCUUUGAUGGCAUACCCUCCAUAUCACGUGAAUCCUGCUUUCCCGAUGAGUUCAGUUUAUCCUAUGUGGGGUGCAACUGGUAGUCACCCUCCUGGUGUGCAAAUGUGGGGUUCACCUGGCUAUCCGCCAUGGCCACCUGCAGAAAGUUGGCAUUGGAAGCCUUAUCCAGGGAUACAUUCACAUGCAGAUGCAUGGGGUUGCCCUGUGAUGCCACCAACUAAUAAUCCCUAUCAUUUGUCACCUCAAAAUGCUGCCGGGUUUUACAAUGCUGGCGUGGUUGAUUAUAGCUGCAGUUCACCGCAAAAUUCUUUUGACCAUCUGGCAGAGGAAGUAAUUGACAAGGUAGUGAAAGAAGCAAUAAACAAGCCAUGGUUACCAUUACCAUUAGGGCUAAAACCUCCUUCAACUGAUAGUGUUUUAGAUGAACUUUCUAGGCAAGGCAUUUCUACAGUUCCUCCUCACAUCAAUGCCUUAACUUCAUUAUGAGUUUCACUUAGUCACCAUGGUCAUGACUAAUCAAAUGACAGACAGACAGGGAGACAUGAACCAAUCAGAUAGCCAUGAUCUGUGACUAUCAUUAAAAUAAUGGUGGGGACUGUAUACCAAGCAGAAGAAGACACAAAGAUGAUCUGUUCCUCUUGUGAUUUGCUGGGAGGGUGGGAUUUGAUGUACAGCCAACAUGCAUGGUUAACAACGGAUACACGUAGGUUGGUUCUUGACCUCAUGUUAAAUUUGUGGUUGUAAAUACAUCAUAACCAAGGGAGCAAACAUUAUUGGUAGAGAGAAGGUUCCGCGAUAAAGGUUCAUUUCGCCCCUUUAAUUUGAAUCAAAAGAUCAAAAGAGUUUUAAGUUUGUAGUUUUAGACAAAAGAACCAUUGCUCGAGUCAUUUUUCUAGCGUCAUUCGUAAUGAUCAAAGGGAUUAAAUGAUGUAAAAACGACAAAUUGCGGGUGUUUUUGUUCUAAACCACAAACUUCGACUUUUUUGAUCUUUUUGUCCAAAGGGGUAUAAUAAACAAACCUUUUUCAGUUGUACAAACUUGUUUAUCAAUUAGAUCUAAAUUCAUUCA